GUUAAAGUGUCAAUUUAAAAAUAAGAGAAAAAAGAGAGUUUAUACAUAAAUAGAGAUGGAAUUGAAAUAAUUAAAUAAGUAAAAGUAUAGUAUAAAAUGAAUAAAUAAUUGAAGGUUUUCUGGGUUUGGGAAAUCGUUGAAAGACAGUGAAGAAAAGCUGCAAGAGAAUCCAUCACCCAAACAUAGUAAAGCUUAGGAACUCACCAUCCCAUCCCUUCACCAAAUAUAUAUUCUCCACCACCACUACAUGCCUCUCUUUAAAUCACUCCAUUAAUUAAUAUCAGAUCUUAUCUUCUGUUUCUAGGGUUUCUUUUGGUCUUUAUUAAUGGAGUUUUCGAAGAACGGAAACUCCGUACUGAGGUUCAACAACAACCGGCCGCUUUCAUUUUACGGUUUAUCGUUCUUCUUCUUCUUCUUCUCGUUCUGUGUACUUCUUAGCAUUUUUACUUCCGGUACUUGUGUAGGCAUCAGGUCUUCAUUUUCUACUACGAACCCACAUUUCUAUCUUCAGGAUUUUGAUGAAAUGAGAGACAGAAAAAUCAUGGGCACUAGAAGACUUCUGAGCGGACCCGGCUCAUCGCCGCCGCGGUGCAUGUCAAAGUGUGGGAGGUGCAGCCCAUGCAAGCCGGUGCAUGUGCCGGUGCCGCCAGGAACUCCGGUGACGGCUGAAUAUUACCCAGAAGCUUGGAGGUGCAAAUGUGGCAACAAGUUGUACAUACCAUAAUGCUUGUCAACUUUUAAUUGUAGUUUAUUUUAGGUUAAUCUCUACUGCCUGACUUGCUAAUUAACUGCCCAAAUCAUGACAUAUUAUAUUGCUAACUUUUCAAAUCAAUUUUUUAUGCAUAUUUUUCAAUUUUUAAAAUA